GUUGGAUUGCAUAUCCUUUUGGCCUCUUCCGUUCAUUCCUCGAAGUGGAGGGUGUAGAGACGUGGCAAUGUUUUCUUGAGCAAGAAGACCUGUAGAGAUAAACCGCGGGGGCGGUGGUGAGUUUGCAGAAGAUUCCUCUGAGCACAGACGAGAGACAGAGAGGGAGAGAGCAAGGAGUCAUUUUGUUGAGUUCGUGAUACUUUUUUAAGUCAUCCGGGGGACGCCUCCUCACUGCUUUUUCCCUAUCUUCUGCUCCAGUUGAGGAGGGUGGCUGCGUAUUCUUCUUCCUUUACUUUUUCUUGAAGGAUCUUCUGGUGGGAUUGCGACUGCUAUUUUGGCGUUUUGGUUGGUGAAAGAUUGGAUUUUGACGCGUAAGUCCUUCAAAUAUUGAAGUUUCCCUUCACAUCUCGGAGAAAAGUUGCCUUUUUUAGGGGCGAGGGGAGUGUGCGCAGGGGGAGUGAGGUUUUCUGGCGAUUUCUAGUGUUCUCGAAGUGGGUUUGUGAGGAGCACUUAGGAGAAGAAGUCAGAUAUGGCCGGAGCAGCGCCGCCGCCGAAGCAGGACGAGUUAGUGCCACAUCCGGUGAAGGACCAACUGCCCAAUGUUUCCUUCUGCAUUACCAGUCCUCCUCCUUGGCCUGAAGCGAUUCUUCUUGGUUUCCAACAUUACCUGGUUAUGCUGGGAACUACUGUUAUCAUCCCCACAGCACUUGUUCCCCAGAUGGGUGGAGGAAAUGAUGAGAAAGCAAGGGUAAUCCAGACAUCGCUGUUUGUGGCUGGUAUUAACACUCUUUUCCAAACGUUCUUCGGAACUCGCUUGCCGGCUGUGAUGGGAGGGUCAUACACCUUUGUCAUGCCUACCAUAUCUAUAAUCUUAGCGGGGCGUUACAAUGAUAUCGUGGAUCCUCAUGAGAAAUUCCUGCGUAUCAUGCGUGGAACCCAGGGUGCACUAAUUGUGGCUUCGACACUUCAAAUUAUUAUUGGCUUCAGCGGGCUUUGGCGCAAUGUAACAAGAUUUUUAAGUCCACUGUCGGCGGUUCCUCUGGUCGCACUAGCUGGGUUUGGGCUCUAUGAGCUUGGUUUUCCGGGGGUUGCCAAAUGUGUCGAGAUUGGCCUGCCGGUGAUUGUUCUGUUAGUGAUAUUCUCACAGUAUCUUCCUCACGCUAUGCAUUCAGAGAGGCAUGUCUUUGACAGAUUUGCUGUCAUAUUUUCAAUUGUGAUUGUAUGGCUAUAUGCAUACUUGCUCACAGUUGGUGGGGCAUAUAGACAUUCCCCGCCAAAGACACAACUGCAUUGCCGUACUGAUCGUUCUGGUCUUGUUGGUGGUGCUCCUUGGAUAAGAGUCCCAUAUCCAUUUCAAUGGGGAGCACCAACUUUCGAUGCUGGUGAGGCUUUUGCAAUGAUGGCAGCUUCAUUUGUGGCCCUUGUAGAGUCCACUGGUACUUUUAUGGCUGUCGCAAGGUAUGCAAGUGCAACACCAGUUCCUCCUUCAGUUCUCAGUCGAGGCAUUGGUUGGCAGGGUAUCGGUAUCUUGUUGGAUGGAUUAUUUGGAACUGCAAAUGGUUCAUCAGUAUCAGUUGAAAAUGCUGGUUUGCUGGCAUUGACACGGGUCGGCAGUCGGAGGGUUGUGCAAAUAUCUGCAGGAUUCAUGAUUUUCUUUUCCAUUCUUGGGAAAUUUGGAGCAGUUUUUGCAUCCAUUCCUGCACCAAUUUUUGCAGCUCUUUACUGUCUUUUCUUUGCAUAUGUUGGUGCUGCAGGUCUUAGUUUCCUUCAGUUCUGCAAUCUUAACAGCUUCCGAACUAAAUUCAUCUUAGGAUUCUCUGUUUUCAUGGGUUUGUCGGUUCCACAGUACUUCAACGAAUACACUUCUGUUGCUGGUUAUGGUCCGGUCCACACUGGAGCAAGAUGGUUCAACGAUAUCAUUAAUGUGAUAUUCUCUUCGAAGCCAUUUGUGGCGGGCUUUGUGGCAUUUCUCCUGGACAAUACCCUCCAUCGCCAUGACAGUGCUGUAAGGAAAGACAGAGGUUUUCAUUGGUGGCACAAGUUCCGAUCCUUCAUGGGCGACACUAGAAGUGAGGAAUUCUACUCAUUGCCUUGUAAUCUCAAUAAGUUCUUUCCAUCAGUGUGAGCUUCAUGGACUAACAAUUGUUCGCGAUACAUCACAUAUUGUCCUUUUGGAGAGGUUUUGGGUCAUGUUCUAGUGGAUCUCUCUUUGUUUUGGUCCAGGGGAAAACUUAUGAUAUAAAUGUAUCCUUGAGGAUUUGCCUGUUAAAAUUUACCUUUAAUAUAUGUUUAAUUUGUAUA